UUUUGAUAGCAGACGAGAGUGCUUUUGUCGGACAUGAAAAAAUAUACAACACGAACCCUUUGACUAAGCAUCGUCGCUUGUCAAUUUCAAACAUGGGAGAGAUGCUAAAAAUCCCUGACGCAGUGAAAAAGCAGAGAUGCUUGAGGACUCUAUUUGUCUGGAAUAGUCCCAGAACAAAGAUAGAUGAGCAUGAAAUUGGAACACUUGGGCAGCUACGAGUUUUGGACUUGAAGGACACGGGACUGGUGAGCCUUUCGGACUCCAUGGGAAAGCUGUUACAUCUAAGGUUCCUGAAUCUUGAUAGAACGAAUGUCAAAAAUUUACCAGAGUCUAUCAGAUGCCUUCAAAAUCUGCAGACGUUGAGCCUCUCGGGCUGUAAAUCUUUGCACACGCUUCCCAAUGCCAUCACAAGUUUGUGCAAUCUAAGAUGCCUUCUCCUCCUGGAAACUCCAUUGAGCCAUCUCCCAAAAGGAAUAGGCAAACUGAGAAAUCUCAUCUGUCUUGGAGGAUUUGUGGUCGGUGAUGAUGGUGGUGAGGAGGACCGUGGAUGCGAUUUGGAGGAGCUGCGAUCUCUGUCCCAGCUGAGAGUGCUCCGGAUAGAUAGGUUGGAGAGGUCACGAGAAGGAGCUUCGGCACUCGCAAACAGCUGCUUUCUUAAAAGAAUGUUUUUGUUUUGGCUACCACCCGAAGCUGAGAACAAUCAACCUGGAUGUGGAGACGACGCAAUCCAGAUGGCGAACAAGACAUGCAAUGACCUCUCUCCUCCAUCCCACCUAGAAGAGCUUCAGUUCCAAGACUUCAUUGGCAGUGGGUUUCCCGGCUGGUUGAUGUCAUCCUCAUUGGGUGCCUCAUUUCCUCACCUGGCAUUCUUGAUACUUGAUAACUGUAGAUCUUGUCCGCAACUUCCUCCACUAGGCCUAUUGCCCCAGCUAAAAUACCUUCGGAUUUCAGGAGCAGACGCAAUCUCAAGGAUCGGACCAGAGCUUCUUGGUCGGCGUGCUUCAGUAGUAACUGCAUUUCCAAGGCUUGAAUACCUGAUACUCCAAGACAUGCGCAACUGGAAAGAAUGGUCAUUAGGCAUGGGGGAAGAGGUUCGUGAUGAUGAAAUUAGAGGAGCCUCUAAGCUGCUGCCGCGUCUCAAGAAACUAGUUCUAGAGAACUGUCCCGAGCUAAUAGCUCUUCCGGAAGGUCUGGGACAUGCCACCAACUUGCAGGUAUCGCAAAUUGCGGGCGCGCACAACCUGAGAGAAAUCAAAAACCUCCCCUCCUUAACUGACAGGCUCUAUAUUAAGGAAAACCCGCGGUUGGAAAGAGUAUCCAACCUUCCCAUGCUGAAAUCAAUGGAAAUACUGAAUUGCCCAAUGUUAGAGCAAGUGGAGAAUCUUGAUAAGUUACAAUAUCUGGUCUUGGAACAUCCUUCUGCAGCACAGGGGCCCUCAGAGAUACCUAUCGGUCCCUCGCCGGAGUGCCUCCAAGAUGUUUCCAAUAAUUUUGACCAAAAAAUGGAGCACCUCCCACGGUGGUUAUUGGAACUAUUCGGGCAGCAUCAAAAUUCUCUGCAGAAUCUCAGAAAAUUUGGACUAAAAUGCAGCUCACUACUGUUUAAGAGCUUCCUGAACGAUACAUCGAACUGGCCCAUCAUUCAGUGGAUCCCUGAGGUCUGGAUCCAAGAGAUAGAUGGUCCCUCAUGGACACGGUAUACCAAGGGACCCCCUCGCAACUUUCAAACCAACUCAGAAGAGUUUGAAAGUGUCCUCUCUUCAGCUGGGUGAGUUCUACUUCUAUUACGCUUAUCUUUCUCUUAUUAAUUUGUCUACAUAAAUGCUGUUAA